AUGGAGAAUUGCAUCUCACCCUCGACAACAAGCCCGGCCCUCGCGGUGUCUAUCAUUCUAUCUGGUGCAAUUGCGACAUGGACUCUGUACUGCCUCUUAUUCUCGCCUUUACGGGCCUUUCCCGGUCCUCUGCUAGCUAGAGUUUCUCCUCUGUGGAUAAUCCUGCAAUGCAGACGGGGUCGGAGGUCGCAGGCUGUCUCCGACUUACAUGAGCAAUACGGAGACUUUCCACCAGUCAGGGUUCUUGAAGGGACCAUUUUAUCAAGAUAUGCUUUGCUCCGUCGGCCGCAACUGCCAUACCAAGCUGACAUUGAGAGCGUUCUACCCUUCCAUCAGGUCGAGCCAGUGCUGUUCAAUACUAGGAACCCCCAAGUCCAUCAGCGCAAGAAGAAGAUUGUCAGCCCUGCGUUCUCGGCAAAACGCUUGCAGGACUUUGAGCCAUACAUGAUGAAGAACAUGCAGAAACUCAUAAAGUCUAUUGAUCAGCGACUGCAGACAUCUGAGAGGAUCACCCUGGAUUUUAACGUAUAUGCAAAUUUCCUUGCUUUCGACGUCAUUGGUAUGCCCCCUGUUCCCUUUCCUUUAGUCAACACCUCGCUCAUCGGCCCAGGUGACUUCGCGUUUGGUGAAUCGUUCAGUUUCCUCGAUCGUGGGGAGGACUACUUGAACCUCAUAGAGGCAGUUGAUGCACGCGGUGAAGUCCUCAAUGCCCUCGGCCACAUUCCCCAAUCCCUGAGAUCCUUGGUCAAACGACUACCUCUAGACACCUUCUGGUCGCAGGGACUACGCGGCACACGAGCUCUCGCCGCAAUUGGAACAAAGGCCUACUUCAACCGACGCAACCAAGUCAAGUCCCGAAAAGACCUGCUCAGCUUUCUCUUCAAAGCCAACGAUCCCGAAACAGGCGAGGCCCUCGGCGAGAAAGAGAUCAUCGCCGAGUCGAUUUCAUUCAUUGUCGGAGGCAGCGACACAACCAGUACAAGCAUGGUAAAUGUCGUCGAUAUCGUGUCACGCUCUGAGCUGACCCAGCGGCACCUCCAAGAGGAGCUGGAUGGCGCUUUCCCCGGCGAGAUGUCAGAGGACUGGGUGGCGGAUUUUCGGACCGUCGAGAGCCUUCCUGUUCUGAAUGCCAUUGUCCGGGAGACUAUGCGGUUUCGGCCGACGAGUGCCACUGGCCUCGAGCGGGUUACACCUAAGGGUGGGAAGCGCUGGCUUGACGAGGGCGCCUCGACGCUAUUGGAGUCCUUCGUCCCGUUCUCCAUUGGGCCCCGUGCAUGUAUCGGUCGAAACUUCGCAUGGAUGGAGAUACUCAAAACCCUGGCAACGCUGUUCAAGCUCUACCAGCUGGAGCGUAUAUCUGUUGGUGACACUAUGCUCCGAGAGGGGUUCUUCGUGAAGACUAGGGAGUGCGAGGUUGUACUUAGAAGAAGAGUGUCUAGAGCGUAG